CGCAGGAACGCAACGCGGCAACGAGAACAGCGACUUUGACCCUCGUGCCAGUCAACAAUCAUCACCGCCGAUCCCUCCGCCACCACCGCCGACGCAGCGAGGCCGCAACCAUGGCGAACUUCCUCCAUCUCGCGCGUCCUCUCGCGCCCGUUGGCACCACCGCCGCCCCCACCACCGCGCCAGUGACGGUGACAGUGCAACCACAAGCCAUAUUCUCGAUUCUCGACCACGCAUCUAGGCGACCAGCGGACCAGGAGCGCGUCAUUGGCACAUUACUGGGUGUUCGAAGUGAAGAUGGAACAGAGGUGGAGAUCAGGAAUUGCUAUGCAGUUCCGCACACGGAGACGGCAGAGCAGGUUGAGGUGGACAUGGACUACCAAAAGCGCAUGCUUGAGCUGCACCUGAAAGCCAGCCCUAAGGAGGUGCUUAUCGGCUGGUAUGCCACGAGCAGCGAGCUCAACACUUUCUCUGCCCUGAUCCAGAACUUCUACUCCCAACAAGGCGAGGGCACAUGGCCACACCCGGCAGUCCAUCUCACAGUCAACACCGUGGCCGGUCAGGAUCCACGAGCAGACACAUACAUCAGCGCUCCUAUUGGAGUGACCGCAGAGCGCGCAGCAGACUCGUGUCUGUUCAUCCCAGUACCACACGAGAUCAAGUACGGCGAUGCAGACAGGAGCGGAUUGGAGUUGAUUGCGGGUGCAAGAGAUCGGGAAGACCGAUCGCAAUUGCUGCAGACGGAUAUUGAGACUCUGGAGCGCGCAAUUGAGCAGGUCCUUGAAAUGCUUGAGCGCGUGGCCAACUACGUGUCGGAUGUUCUGGACGAGGAGGCGAAGCCAUCUUCUGCGCUUGGCCAGUUCUUGAUGAACACUCUUUCUCUCGCUCCGAAGGUUGACGCCGAAGAUAUCGAGCGAGACUUUAACAACCACAUCCAAGACGUCCUCCUCGUCUCCUACCUUGCCAACACGAUCCGCACUCAAAUGGACCUCUCCCACCGCCUCUCUACUGCCGCUCUUACCAUGGGUGAGGGCAAGCCAAAAGAUGACAACAAGCCACAACAAAAAGACAGGCAGAGAGGUGGCCAGCGUGAGCAACAGUAGAGCGAUCAGCGAGCCUCAUCACUUUUGUGGAUCCGCAUUUUGACCAGCUGAAACGAGUACCGCGAGGUCUUUUUACUCGAAAAGUAGAAGUGCAGUAUAGAUACUAGCACUGAACGAGAUGGCACCCAGUCGAGGUGUAUGUUUGAUUACAAUGCCGAUCAGUGUUCAAUUGUCAUCCUCGUGGCAUCUACAGCGCUGGCUUUGACAUCGUGUCAAGCAGUGUCGAACAUAGCACUGGUCAGCCCAGAGCGUACAGCUCUUGCCACGACAGCCUGUCUUGGGCAUUUCGGCGGCUGGGAAGUGCCAGAAGUCAGACAUUCGCAGAUCCGAUCACCAAAUUUGCAGGAAAUGUACUCACACGCUGCACGGGACUGCUACACAUCCCCAGCAUGUCCCUCAAUAGCAACAUGCUCCGCAACCACCCACUUUCCCUC